AUGGGUUGGAGGAAUCAUCCUAAUUUCUCUUAUGGUAAUACUCAGAACAUACAAAAUCCACCAAGACAAGGGCGACCACAGGGGGAAAAAGGAGGAUGGGAAGAAGCGGUUUCGAAGCUUCAAGAACGAAGUGACCGGACUGACGCAGCUAUUAAGAAUAUUGAAAAUCAAAUCGGGCAACUAGCAAAAAUCCUAAUAGAGAGACAACUGGGCACUUGGCCUAGCAACACCGAGGUAAACCCAAAGGAGCAAGUAAAUGCAAUCACAACAAGGAGCGGGGUACAACUCCCGAAAAUUCAUGUUAAGAGGCCCGGAGUUGUGAAAGAGACUACAAAAGUUCAAGAGACAGCAACUGAAUCAAAUAAGUCCAAAGCUCCAAAUAAUCAAGAAAAACUAGAAGUUUCAGCCAAACAAAGGCUCCAAGAGAAGGUGAUGCCACUACCAGUAAGGCCAUAUGUCCCUCCGAUUCCAUUCUGUCAAAGGUUGCGUAAGCACAAGAUGGAUAAGCAAUUUGAGAAGUUUUUGGAGGUAUUCAAGAAACUUCAUAUUAAUAUACCGUUUGCGAAUGCCUUAGCCCAAAUGCCCAGCUAUGCAAAGUUCAUGAAGGAGAUCCCUUCGAAUAAGAGAAGGUUGGAUGAGCAUGAGACCGUCAUGUUGACAAAAGAGAGCAGUGCUAUAUUGCAAAAUAAGUUACCACCAAAAUUGAAGGAUCCAGGGAGUUUCACUAUCCCUUAUACUAUUGGUAGUUUAUAUUUUGAACAAGCCUUAUGUGAUUUGGGUGCUAGUAUUAAUUUAAUGCCUUAUUCUAUUUUCAGGGAACUUGGGCUAGGAGAAGCAAAGCCUACAAGGAUGUCAUUGCAAUUGGCAGAUAGAUCGGUCAAACAUCCACGCAGAAUCGUCGAAGACAUCUUGGUGAAAGUGGAUAAAUUUAUAUUCCCUGCUGAUUUCGUCAUCUUGGAUAUGGGAGAAGAUAGGGAUGUUCCACUCAUAUUGGGGCGACCUUUCUUAGCCACGGGACGAGCCCUCAUUGAUGUGCAGAAGGGACAAUUAAUGUUAAGGCUGAAUGAGGAGCAAAUCACUUUCAAUGUGUUUAAGGCACUCAAACUACCUAGCUCAUCAGAUUCGUGCUUCCAGAUAGAUAUUAUGGAUAGAGAAGUAGAGGAAUUUUUCAAAUUGGAGCAUCCAGCAGAUCCUUGGGAGGCAUGCAUCAUGCACUCACAAGAUGAAAAUUCAAUUUCAACUACCAUCGUGUGCAGUAUUUGCAGGGCUCAAAACCCAUGA